ACCAUAAACCCUAUUUGUCCCAUCUCUUGUGGAUAUGGGGAGAGCUCUUGGCGAUGGCGCGCUUGCGUCUCUCUCCACGGGAUUUCCACGAGCUCCAUCGGUUCUCAGGCACCGGGUGGAUAUUUCGGCAGGAACUCGUCGAAAUCCCGUCGUUCUGGCGCUCGCAAUGCCUGCAGGGAAGGACAAUCUGGCGUCCGAUUUCAUGCGCUUCGUGAACACGUCGGGCCAUUCGUGGCCGCUGGAGAAUCGCAAGCCGACGCCGCUGAUGCCGCCAAGUACCGUGGUGAAAGCUCAGAUGGAUGCGUUGAUGCGGAAUGACUGGCCUGAGGAAGACAGUGGGAUCAAGACGGCUUUCGAUUUCGCGAUGAGGCCAUUGCCUUAUCAAUACGACGAAAUUCCGGAUGACAAGCCAAGAGCUAGAGCUUGGGAUGCCUCAGCAAGGGUACUGACUUGUCAAGAGUUUAUAGAGUCUUUCAAGUACUCCAGCUAUGUCACAAUGGUGAAUUGCCUCGACUGGAAGGUGCUUUCUCCUAUGGUGUUUCGAGGUGAGAGAAGAGCUGUUCAAGCUAUUGAAGUGAGAUUCAAGACAACAUCCGGAGAGACAAGGACAGCGGCAUUCACGUUUUCUCUGCAACGAGUAAUGCUCUUUGGAUUGAUGUCUCAUUUCUUAACAAAUGAAUAUAACCAUCGCAGGUCGUCAAUGGUCCUUAUAAAGACUGCUGGAUGGUAGCCGGUGCUCGACUAGGAGACUACGCAUGAAUUUGUACAUACCUUCACAAAACGGGAUCGUCCUUAGGAAAGAACGUCACGGCUCUAGACCUUGGCCCUCGUCUUCCACUCAGUAAUCAGCUUAUUCAAAGCAUGGUGGGGCGUGAGUUGCUUGUGCUCCAGCCUCAGAUUUGUCAAAGGUGAUGUAUCGUGAGCUUGAAACCACUGCCUAAUCGCUUCGUACUCG